CGGUCAUGCGUCGCAACAGCGGUGAGGAGGGGCUGAGGUAUUCCGACAUCGAGUCACAGCAGUCCGAGGAGAGGGAGAACGAGGAGGUCAGAGGCAGAGGGGAUGGAUGGAUGGAUGGAUGGGAUGACUGAAUGGACUGUUCGCCUUGCACCAUGUGACAUUGCUGUGUGGUGUCCAUUCAUCGUGGUUUCAGCAGCACAGCUUGGAGGGGGACAUUGACGUCACGGCGUGUGGCAGUCUGAACCACUUGUGGAAGGGCAAUGAGUACGGCCGCCUGUCCAGUCAAGCCGAGCAGCCAACGUUCACCGCGGUGAGGAGUGGAGGGAGAAGGAGGAGGUCAGAGGGAGAUCGCGUCGCUGUGCAAGGAAGGGGAUGGAUGGGAUGGAUGAAUGGACGGCUCGCCUUGCGCCAUGUGACAUGGCUGUGUGAUGUCCAUUCAUCGUGGUUUCAGCAGCACAACUUCGAGGGGGACGUGGACGUGACGGGCGGCAAGGAGGACUACGUUUGGAAGGGCAAAGAGUACGAGUGCACGGACAAGAACUCUUCUCUGUGUGUGUGUGUGUGUGUGUGUGUGUCCAUGUCACACAGCGCUGGCCACGCCGUUGGUGAAGGUGCUGAUGGGUGUCUAUCGCUAUUGGAAGGUGGUCAAGGCCUACGUGGUACAGACACAUGCAGAUGAACCCUCACACGCGGACGCGACCACACCUAUAUGUGCGACUGCAUACAUACCUGUCUGUCUCCCAUCCGUCAGUUGGCCGAGAAGGUGGAUCUGCUGCUCGACUGUGGCAUGAGCAUCUCGCUCAAGCACCGGUGGGUGGGGUGGGGCCGGGACACACAUUGAUUCACACACCACACGGGUACACACACAUACCCACAUCCACGGCUGUUUGUUGUGUGUCUACUGUACUGUACCUGUGCACGUGUUGUGUGAUCUGAUUGAUAGCAUGUUCUGCACCGGCGGGCAGGGCAGUGUCCCCAUCGGGGCGCCGGGCAACAAGAUUUCCACAAGAAGGAGCAAUAGGUACGUACGUACGUGUGCCAUGGGUUAUCACACUGGCCAUGAACACACACGACGCUCUCCAUGUGUUUGUCAUUGCGGGAUGGAUGGAUGGAUGGCUCGGUCAGUUGGUCGUCAUCUGGAGCUCGUGGAUGGAGGAGUUGCUUCGAAGCCUGUUCACCAUGGUGGAGAGAGCACUCAGCCCCUACGCCACCCUGCAGGCGUACGCACCGUCGAGCAGCACACACACGCACGGACAGAGACGUGUGUUGAUGUGGAUGGAUGGAUGGAUGCUGUCUGCAGUCAGUUUGAGACGGUCCCCACCUUCGAGAAAACACUCAUAGAGACACUCAGCAACAGCAAACUGAUG